GGGGGCAGGGCGGGGCGCGCGAGGCCACGCCCCCAGAGCCACCCUCGCAGCCCGCCCCCUGGACCCACAGCGUCCGCUGAGCCCAGAGACUGACGAGCUCCGGGUCGUCCUGGCGGCAGGGCCAUGGCGGCCGCUGAGCCCAAGACCCCCGCGGGGGCGGCCGCGGCCCGGCGCCUGGCCCAGGGCUGCUGGUCUGCCUUCUGGGAUUACGAGACGCCGAAGGUGAUCGUGGUGAAGAACAGGCGCCUGGGCGUCGUGUACCGCGCAGUGCAGCUGCUCAUCCUGCUCUACUUCGUGUGGUACGUGUUCAUCGUGCAGAAGAGCUACCAGGACAGAGAGACGGGCCCCGAGAGCUCCGUCAUAACCAAGGUCAAGGGCAUCACCUCCUCUGAGCACAGAGUGUGGGACGUGGAGGAGUACGUGAAGCCCCCCGAGGGGGGCAGUGUCUUCAGUAUCAUCACCAGGAUCGAGGUCACCCCCUUCCAGACCCUCGGAACCUGCCCGGAGAGCAUGCGGGUCAACAAUGCCACCUGCGCCUCGGACGAGGACUGCGUGGCAGGGCAGCUGGACAUGUUAGGAAACGGACUGCGCACCGGGCGCUGUGUGCCCUAUUACCACGGGGCCUCUAGGACCUGCGAGGUGUCCGCCUGGUGCCCAGUGGAGGACGGGGCCUCUGUCAGCCAAUUUCUCGGUAAGAUGGCCCCAAAUUUCACCAUCCUCAUCAAGAACAGCAUCCACUACCCCAAAUUCCAGUUCUCCAAGGGCAACAUUGAGAACCGGAAGGAUGGCUACCUGAAACACUGCACAUUUGAUGAGGUAUCCAACCUCUACUGCCCCAUCUUCAAGCUGGGCUUCAUCGUGGAGCAGGCAGGGGAAAACUUCACCGAGCUGGCACACACGGGUGGCGUCAUUGGGAUCAUUAUCAACUGGGAUUGUGAUCUGGACCUGUCAACAUCAAAGUGCAACCCCAAGUAUUCCUUCCGAAGGCUUGACCCCAAGCACAUCCCAGCCUCAUCGGGAUACAACUUCAGGUUUGCCAAGUAUUACAAGAUAAAUGACAGCACCACUCGCACACUCAUCAAAGCCUAUGGGAUCCGCAUUGACAUCAUAGUGCACGGACAGGCAGGGAAGUUCAGUCUGAUUCCAACCAUCAUUAAUCUCGCCACAGCACUGACUUCCAUCGGGGUGGGCUCCUUCCUGUGUGACUGGAUCUUGCUGACAUUCAUGAACAAAAACAAGGUGUACAGCCAUAAGAAGUUUGACAAGGUGUGUACACCAAGGGACACCUCAGGUAGCUGGCCUGUGGCCCUGGCCCUUGUUUUGGGCCAGGCCUCUCCCCCAACCCACCCCUGCUCUGCAGACACAGACCAGGCAGGCCAACUGUGGGCCAAGGGGCAGAGCCAGGCCCAAGCCAUCCUACCCCCACAGCCUUGCCCCACCUCUGCCCCAUCCACACAGAUGGUGGAUACUCCCAAGCAGGGUACAGGACGAGUGCUUUCCAUCUCUGAGCCUUCCCAACAGGACUCCACACUCAUGGACGCCAGAGGUUUGGCCCAGCUCUGAGCCCACCUCCCGUCAGGCUGUAUUGAAAGCCUGGGCCUGGAAGGGUUCCCUUUCUGCAGCCCCAAGACAAAAAAAGUCUCUGGCUCUCAUGGCAGCAUCACCAGGGGCCACAAGGUGGACCAGGCCCUGCCACAAGCCUCAACACUGUCUUGGGGAAAAUGGGAACCAAAGGAUCUCCAUGCACCCCAGCAGUGGGCUGACACAAAAGAGGAGGCACCCUGCUCCCAACCUCCCUGAGCCUGUAGGGAAGGGCAAGUUCCUGCUACCUUUUCCCCAGCUGACCUCCCCUCCCACCCACACGGCCCAGCCCAGCCACUUUGUUCACCUCAUAGCCAAUUUAUCAUGUUCAGAAUCCAAUAAACCU